AUGUCUGACGAACCUUCGUUUACCAAUGCAGAACGUCGCGGCACAGUGCAACACAUCGCCAGUCGGAUGAAGUGUGUUCUGGCCAACGGGGAGCUGUGCGACAUUAACUUCUCUGUGGGCCGCGAUCAUGGCGCCGAGCAGAUCUUCCGAGCCCACAAGUUCGCUCUGAGCAUCAGCAGCGAUGUCUUCUAUGCCAUGUUUCACGGGAGCUUGGCCAAAAGCGAUGUGGACGUCAUCCAAAUUCCGGAAAUCCUUCCUGAAGCCUUCGCUAACAUGCUCUGCUACAUCUACACUGAUUCCGCGGAGAAUCUCAAGCCGGAAAACGUUCUGCAGACGCUGUACUGCGCGGACAAGUAUGACUUGCCGUGGCUGGCGGACAGCUGCACAAGCUUCGUCAUCGAGGAAAUCAAGCCCACUAACUGCCUGUUACUUUUGGAAAAUUUCUGUGUAGAUAUUGCGUUGGGCGCCCGAUUGUGA